GCCCGGCGCUUGCGUGGUGCCGGAGCCGGAGCGGGGCGGCCCCGGGGCGGCCAUGGCGGCGGCGGGGCUACGGGCGGCGCUGGAGCAGCGGCUGCGGGAGCUGGGCAUCGCCGCGCUCACCGCCGAGCACCCGGAGGUGUUCACGGUUGAGGAGAUGAUGCCCCACGUCCAACACCUGAAGGGAGGGCACAGCAAAAACCUUUUCCUCAGAGACAAGAAGAAGAAAGGCUUCUGGCUGGUGACCGUCCUGCACGACAGGCAGAUCAACCUGAACGAGCUUGCCAAAAAACUGGGCGUUGGCAGCGGAAACCUGAGGUUUGCUGAUGAAAAUGCCAUGCUGGAAAAACUGAAAGUGGGCCAAGGCUGCGCCACGCCGCUGGCCCUCUUCUGCGACCAAGGAGACGUGAAGUUCGUGCUGGAUGCUGGCUUCCUGGAGGGGGGCCACGAGAAGGUGUAUUUCCAUCCCAUGACGAACUCUGCAACCAUGGGCCUAAGCCCUGAGGACUUCAUGAAGUUUGUGAAAUCGACAGGCCACGAUCCCAUAAUCAUACAUUUUGAUGAAGACAGUAAAUAGGAGAAGUUGACGUUUUUAUUACUCGGCAAAGAUUUUAUAGAGCAAAACUGGUUAAUUUUUUUAUUACAAAUACAAUUUGAAAAAAUAGGCAUCCUCCUUCUUAUGUUGUAUAAUCUGGUGAGGAAAAAAUACGGUAUUUCAGCUGUUAAAAGUUUUAACAGAAUAUUCUUACAAAGAAAAGAUGAUUGCGAUGUACCUGUAAGUAAACAAGUAGAAACGGAA